AUGCUGCGAGCUCGGCCUGUAAAGGUGCGGAUGGAAGGGGUGAGGAGUGGUGGUGAGGGGCGCAAGGCAACCCAGCCAAGCUGGUUGCCCGAGGACCAGUUGUUGUGUGCUGUGAGCACUUCUUCAAAGAGAGUACUCGAACAGGCAAGUCCAAGCGAGAAAGCGAGAGAGAGAAAAAGAGAGAGGGAGAGAGAGAGAAGAGAAAAUAGAGAGAGAGAGAGAGAAGGGCCUAAGGAGGAGGAACAAUGGAUGAAGAAGAGAAGACAUGUUUCCAGACUCCCAGGUCCCUCCCCUGACUUCUAA